AUGUUUAGCCGGAAACUGGAGCGAAUGCAUCGCCCGCCAUCGGACAUAACCAAAUACGAUAAUGAGCCGUAUAUGAAAAAUCCACUUUUAACCUUUCGCAUAUCCGAGGUUCACGAGCGUCGACAUUUUACGUUCCUCAAGCAACGUGCCGCCGACUUGAAAGUGAAGAUUGCCAGAAAGCAAUGGACACCGGAUCCGGAAAUGCGUGCGCUGCCCCAAUCCCACUACGUGGACAAUUUGCGGCGAGAGGUGCGGAAAAUUGUCGUGCCACGGAUGCUGGUGAAAACGGAGGCAAAAAUCUUGAGCUUUGCCUCGGAGCGACUGAAGAACAAGUAUCCGGAGCUGGUAGACGCCUACAUGAAGGAGGUGCACGAGGAAUACGAUCGUCUGAUGAAGAUCUAUAGCAUGAAGAACAUACUACUGCAUCCGGAGUUCUCAGAUGAGGAUCCAGCCAAGUUUGACUUACCUCGUGCUGAUUUUCAUUUCAAGCUGCCCGGACGUACACCCAAUUAUAAUAAUUAUUUGGAGAACCGUCGCAAGAUCUCCCAGAAGCUGCUGAUCCUCCAGCUGCCACUGCGUGUUGUACUUAAUAUAUCGGUGCUGGAGCUGCCGGAGUUUGCCUGCAAUUUCAAUUACGUGAGCAGCAUGGGAGCCCAGCAGCAACAGCUGGGUCUUGGCGGGAAGGAGGCCUUGUCCUAUAAAUUCUAUCGCAAGUACAUACAGAACCAGCUGGACAAGGUGAACACGUUCCUGCGCUGGACAUGGUACACUCGAUUGGUGGUCGUACUGAAGAAAAUGCUACGGAAGCGAGUGAUGCCCAUAAAUGUAUGGAAACGUGCCUGGAACGGCUUAGAGGGUCUGAUGAAUCGCGAGGUGAACAACAUGAAGAUGCGUACAUUUGAGGAAUUGUGUCGGAUAUGUAGUUCUCCCCGCACCAUUCCCGUUUUUCGCUUGGCGCUCAGCUGGAACGAAGGGGAGGACGAGGGCCUGGACAUGCGUCCAAGUAUCUACAAUAUACAGGCGGCAUUUGGGGAGAUUGUGACCGAGAUCUCAAUGGUCGGUUAUCGGAUGGAGGCACUGCAGCCACAGGUGGAUACACUGAGCAACUAUGCACAAGUCAAUGAUUAUCUUAAGAUUGAAAUGAACGAGAAUCAUGUCAAGGAUGUGAUCCAUCGGUUGCAGGACAUUAUUGUGGCUUCCUACUCACAAUUGACGGAUUACCUCAAUGGCUAUCGGGAGAAAUACUUUGCCCUCUACUCAACGGAGGAACGGGAUGAGUUGAGCUAUUUCCUGGAGGAACCACAUGAGUUCGAGGAAUACUUUGCAAGGAUUAACAAAUAUUACGAGUUUAUCAAUAUGUUGUGCAGUGAACCGGCUACAGAUUACUUUGAGAUGGCCGUCAUUGAUAACGAGCCGGCGGUUAUAGGAUUACGUAAUCUCGCCGAGAGUUUGAUCGCCGAUAUUACAGCGAUUAUUAUCAGCGAACAUAUCAAGGCGGAGGAAGAAAUAUGCGCAGAGUUUGAGAAGAUUAAGGAUAAAGCCUUGUUGAUACCAAAGUCCACAGAAGAAUUGCUUGAAAGUGCCGAAUAUAUGAUCUAUGUGAAAAAGGAUAAAUUAGCGGAGCUGACCGAUCGUAUACAAUACUGUCUGCAGGUGGGAACCAACAUUGUCGAGCUCACCCAGAUGUCCAAGUAUCACUUUGAUCUAACCAUCAAAACAAUCAACUGGAUCAAGGAUAUCAACGAUAUAUGUGAUUAUAAUGCAUCCCAGCAGGAACACUACAAGUUCCUCUUUGAGGAGCAUCUGCAGGAGGUCGUUAAGAAGCUCAAUACGGAUAUACAAGAGAUGCUGCCAAAAUUAGGGGUCAUUGAUGAUAUGAGCAGACCAGAAAAGUUUCGAGAGUGUUAUAUUAUACUACAGAAUUUCAUAGAUCAAUUGAAGACCUUUGAUGACUAUGUAGCUUGGAUAAACAAGGAGGAGAAACUCUUCAAGGUUAAUCAAACCGAAUAUCCCACACUGCAGAUUAUCAAAGGUUUUGUUUAUCCUUUUGCAGAGUUGAUGAAACUCUGCAUUGAAUGGCAGCGCUAUUUGAGCGUCUGGACCGAUGGACCCUUUGAGUAUCUGGAGCCAAAGUUUGUGGAGACAACAACGGAUGAUUAUCUCAAGGAAUUUCAGAAGAAUCAGAAAUAUUAUCGCAUCAAGAUCAAGCAGGAUAUGGUCGAGGAUCCCGUGUGCAAGUUUAAGGGACAAACGGAAGAUCCUGAUCCGGAGAAGCACCCGGUGCCUUUGCGCCUAUGUGCUUCCAUGAUCAAGUCGAUCAAAGACUUCACAAUUGGCGUUUUCAUUGUAAACACUUUGUGUAAUCCCGCAUUACGCAAACGCCACUGGAAGGAGAUGUCGGAAAUUGCCGGAUUCGAUAUAACUCCAGAUGCUGGCACUACUCUUCGAAAGAUUCUCAACUCUGGGCUGGAUCAUGUGCUCGAUCAGUUUGAGAUUAUCAGCAUUAGUGCGAAUAAGGAGCUGCAAUUGUGGAACAAUCUACAGAUCAUGAUCAAGGAGUGGGAGAACAAAGUAUUCCCAACUGGUCCUUAUAAGGAAACGGGCGUUACAAUACUCUCCAGCCUGGAUGAUAUACAGGCACUGCUCGACGAUCACAUACUCAAAACGCUGGCGAUGCGUGGAUCGGCUUUUAUGAAGCCUUGCGAGGAGGAAGUGCGUGCCUGGUACGAGAAGAUCAUGAGAGUCAACGAGACAUUGGAUCAGUGGGGAAAGGUGCAGGUUAAUUAUCUCUACCUGCUGCCCAUCUUCUCCUCGAAGGAUAUUGUCGCUCAAAUGCCUGAGGAGGGACGACUCUUUACCAUUGUAGAACAAACUUACACUAGGAAUAUGGGUUUGGUGCUCCGUAAUCCUUUGGUAAUGGAAACAGCGCCUGUUUCUGGCCUCCUGGAGGCCUUACAAAAGGCCAAUGAAUUGUUAGAGGAUAUAUCCACAGGAGUGAGCAAUUAUCUGGAGAAAAAGCGUCUGUACUUUCCGCGCUUCUUCUUUCUGGCCAACGAUGAAAUGCUGGAAAUUCUCUCGGAGACCAAGGAUCCUUUGCGUGUGCAACCACAUCUUAGUAAAUGCUUCGAGGGCAUCAAUAUACUAGAAUUUGAUGCGGGCAAAAAUGUGCUGGCCAUGAUUAGCAGCGACAAGGAGCACAUACAGUUCAUCGAACAGAUCUCAACAGUUGCAGCCGGUGGAAGUGUCGAGAAGUGGUUGGUUGGCGUCGAGGAGGAGAUGCUCAAGGCGGUGCGGAAUGAGAGUGAACUCUCCUACAACCACUAUCCCACGGUGAAGCGCAAUGAGUGGGUCUUGGAGUGGCCCCAAAUGGUCGUGCUGGCCGUGUCCCAAGUCUUUUGGGCAUCCCGGAUGCACAGCUGUCUGCGUCGCAGUUACGGUGGCAAUCAGACCGUGAUGAAUCAUUUCUUUGGUGAACUCACCAAGGAACUGAAUGACAUUGUCACCCUGGUGAGAUCUCCAGUGAUCAGUAAUCUGAAUCGUAUUACCAUCAAAUCCUUGAUUGUAAUCGAUGUGCAUGCCAAGGAUGUAACCGAGGAGUUGAUCCGUCUCAAGAUCAGCAGCGAGUUCGAUUUCCAGUGGUUGGCUCAGAUGCGUUACUAUUGGGAGGACUCUACGAUGCUGGUGAGGAUUAUCAAUGCCACAGUUCCCUUUGCCAACGAGUAUCUAGGGAAUUCAGAUCGUCUGGUGAUCACACCACUCACAGAUCGUUGUUAUCGCACCCUGGUAGGCGCUUAUCAGCUGCAUCUUAAUGGAGCGCCCGAAGGACCUGCUGGAACAGGCAAAACCGAGACCACCAAGGAUCUGGCCAAGGCUUUGGCCGUGCAGUGUAAGGUCUUUAAUUGCUCGGAUGGCUUGGAUUACAAGGCCAUGGGCAAGUUCUUCAAGGGAUUGGCCUCGUGUGGCGCCUGGGCGUGUUUCGAUGAGUUCAAUCGCAUUGAGCUGGAGGUGCUCUCGGUGGUGGCCCAACAGAUUUUGCUCAUCAUUCAAGCGGUGCGUGGGAAUGUGGCCAAAUUUAUGUUCGAAGGCACGGAAUUGUCUCUCAAUCCGGCUUGCUAUGUUUGUAUCACCAUGAAUCCUGGUUAUGCUGGCAGAUCAGAGUUGCCCGACAAUUUGAAGGUGCUCUUCCGUUCGGUGGCCAUGAUGGUGCCGGACUAUGCCAUGAUCGGAGAGAUCUCCCUUUAUUCCUAUGGAUUUGUGGAUGCCCGUAAGUUGGCUGUGAAGAUUGUGACCACCUAUCGCCUCUGCUCGGAGCAGCUGUCCAGCCAGAAUCAUUAUGACUACGGCAUGCGAGCUGUGAAGACCGUACUCUCCGCCUGUGGCAACAUCAAGAAACAGUAUCCGGAUGAAGUGGAGGACAUACUUCUAUUGCGCAGCUUGAUCGAUGUCAAUCUACCCAAGUUCCUUUCAUUUGAUGUGCCGCUCUUUGAGGGCAUCAUCUCCGAUAUCUUUCCGGGCAUCAAACUCCCUCAUAUUGAUUACACGCUCAUGGAAACGGAGUUCAAAAAUGUUUGCAAGGACGAAAUCCUCGAGCCGGCUCCAAGUUUUCUCACCAAAGUCAUUCAGACCUAUGAGAUGAUUAUUGUGCGUCAUGGCUUCAUGUUGGUGGGAGAACCUCUGGCAGGCAAGUCCAAGACCCUCCAGGUUCUGGCCAAGAUUCUGUCCGUGCUGAAGGUGAAGGCGCCUUCCAAGAGCAGCUACUUCCAGCACGUCCAAAUGGGCAUUAUGAAUCCCAAGUCCAUAACGAUGAACCAGCUUUAUGGAUCCUUUGAUCCCAUUUCUUAUGAGUGGACAGAUGGAUUGGUGGCUCGCAUCUUUCGUGACUUUGCAAUGACCCCAACGCCGGACAGGAAGUGGGUCAUCUUUGAUGGUCCUGUGGAUGCGGUAUGGAUUGAGAACAUGAACACAGUGCUGGAUGACAAUAAGAAGCUGUGCCUCACGAGCGGUGAAGUGAUCACCAUGUCCAACGAGAUGUCCAUGGUGUUUGAGGUAAUGGAUCUGGCACAGGCAUCACCUGCUACAGUAUCACGCUGUGGCAUGAUCUACAUGGAGCCUGCCACCUUGGGCUGGCGCUCAUUUGCAAAUACUUGGCUAAAGAAGGCCGAUCCCCGCUGGGCGGAUGCAGAGAAUGUCAAAUAUAUGCUCCUUAUGCUGCAAUGGUUGCUUGUGCCGUGUCAAACCUUCGUGCGUCGUUAUUGCAGUCAAUUCAUCAGACCGGGAGAAUUUAAUUGCAUGUUGACUACCUUUGAUCUGAUUGAUAUGCUGCUUGAUGAGGCUAUUGAGGAGAAUCCCGAGGAUUAUGACAAGUAUAUAGUGGGUCAUAUACAGGCUGCCAUGCUGUUUGCCUUAUCCUGGGGCGUUGGAGGCGUACUCAAUACGGAAUCACGUGAAAAAUUCGAUACGUUUCUGAAAAGCAUAUAUGAAAAUGAGGCAGAAACACCACCUGCCCUCGGUAAAAUGGAGGUGACACCUCCCAUGGAGGGACUUAUCGUGGAUUACGUGUUUGUCUUCAAGCAGCGUGGAAAUUGGCGCUAUUGGCCGGAAUUGGCCAAGCGCAUGGAUGUCGAGGAGACCAAGACGGGUGUGAUUGUGCCCACCGUGGACACCGCACGCUAUAUUCAUCUGCUCCAGAUGCAUGUGAAGCACAAGAAGAGAAUGCUAUUGGUGGGACCAACCGGGACCGGAAAGAGUGUCUACAUACAGAACUAUUUGAUGAACAAACUGAAUCCGGAUGAAUAUGAGACGGGAUUCAUAACAUUUACGGUGAUGAUAUCGGCGAAUAAUACGCAGGAUCAGAUCAUAGCCAAGUUGCAGAAAUGGAAACGUGGCAUCUAUGGUCCACCCAAAGGAAUGCAGAGUAUACUCUUUGUCGAUGAUAUGAAUAUGCCCGUCAAGGAAGUUUAUGGAGCUCAACCUCCAUUGGAAUUGCUGCGUCAGUACUUUGACUACGGCCAUGUGUAUGAUCUGAGGGAUAGCUCCAAGAUCUGGAUACACAAUGUGUUGAUCAUGUGUGCCUGCGGUCUACCCGGAGGAAGUCGUCAGGAUGUUUAUGCCCGCUUCCUCAAUCACUUCCAUGUCUACUCCAUAAAUACGUUCAGUGAUGAUACGAUGUAUCGCAUCUUCCUCAAUGUCUCCUUGAACGGCUUUCGCAGAUCGGGACACGGCCAGGAUGUCUUUGUGGUCACCAAUCAGAUAGUUGCCGCCACGCAGAGCAUUUACAAGAGUGUCCAGUCGGAGGUUCGUGCCACGCCCGCCAAAUCCCAUUACAUCUUCAAUCUGCGGGACAUGGCACGUGUCGUCACUGGUUGCACAUUGGUCCGCAAGGAGUCUGUGACCGAUAAGAAGAUGCUGGUGCGUGUCUGGUAUCAUGAGGCCAUGCGUGUCUUCUACGAUCGUCUUGUGGAUGACACUGAUCGCAAGUGGAUGUUUGACAAGUUGAAUGAAUGCCUAAAGUCCAACUUUAAAGAUAAAGUGGAGACUGUCUUCGAGAAGUACUGCACGGAAGAAGAUCCAGUUUUUACCAUGGAGGCCGCCAACAGCAUUUUCUUUGGCAUGUACUUCGAUGAGGACAGUGAGCCGGAUGAGCGUCGCUACGAGGAGGUGCCCAACAUGGAGAUCUUCCACAAGCUGGCCGUGGCCAGUCUGGAGGAUUACAAUUCGACACGUCGCUCCAAAAUGGACAUAACACUCUUCACUUUUGCCCUGCUUCAUUUGAAUCGCAUUUGUCGCAUCAUCUCCAUUCAAGGUGCGAGUGCAUUGUUGAUUGGCUUAGGAGGAUCUGGACGGCAAUCCCUGACAAAACUGGCCACCAAUAUGGUGCAGACAUCCUUCUUUCAGCCGGAGAUCACCAAGAGUUAUGGGGCAAAUGAAUGGCAUGACGAUAUCAAAGCUAUACUCAAGGAAGCGGGUGGCAUGAAUAAGCACACAACAUUCCUGAUCACUGAGAAUCAGAUUAAAAUGGAGCUCUUUCUGCAGGACAUUGACUGUCUGUUGAAUCAGGGUGAAGUGCCCAACAUCUUUCCCAUCGAUGAGAAGCAGGAGGUGCUCGAGAUGGUGCGUCUGGCGGCCCAAGGAGGCAAUCGCAACAUUGACGUCUCUCCGCUCCAAGUCUUCUCCUUCUUUGUGAAUCGCUGCAAACAGAAGCUGCACAUUGUGCUGAGCUUCUCGCCCAUUGGAGAUGCACUGCGUACCCGGGUGAGAUUGUAUCCAUCUUUGGUGAAUUGCUGCACCAUCGAUUGGUACGACAGUUGGCCAGAGGAGGCUCUACAGAUGAUUGCCAAGAUGUCGCUGGUGGACGUGAAUGUGCCCUCCGAGGAGAUCAAGAUGGCCAUUAUGGACACUUGCCAGUAUUUCCAUACGACAGCAGCGCGAGUUACUCGCUCCUUCUGCCAGAUGUCUGGCAGACAUAUCUAUCAGACCAAUGCCUCCUUCAUAGAGCUCAUCCGAUCCUUCCAAACUCUAAUCGAACGCAAACAGAAGGAAACGAUGCAGGCCAAGAUGCGAUACAUUGGUGGCCUGGACACCUUGGCCGCAGCAGCAGCUGCAAUUUCCAUAAUGCAGAAGGAUUUGAAUGCACUGCAGCCCAAACUGGUGGCCUUGGCGGAGGCAUCCCGCAAAAUGAUGCUGGAGAUUAGCAAGGAGACGCUGGCGGCCAAUGCCGCCGCCGAGCAGGUGAAACGGGAUGAGGAGGUGGCCUCCAUACAGGCCGAGGCAGCCCAGGUACUGAAAGGUGAGUGCGAGAAGGAUCUGGCCAAGGCCAUACCCGUGCUGGAGGAUGCACUGGCCGCUUUGAAUACUCUUAAGCCGGCGGACAUUACGCUGGUCAAGUCCAUGAAGAAUCCUCCACCUGUGAUCAAGCUGGUCAUGGCGGCGGUAUGUGUUAUGAAGGGUUUGCCCCCUGAGCGUAUUCCCGAUCCCGCCUCGGGUAAGAUGGUCAAUGAUUACUGGGGUCCCAGUAAGCGCAUCCUGGGCGACAUGAAUUUCCUGCCCUCGUUGCGGGAGUUUGACAAGGAUAACAUACCCGUGGAGACCAUAAAACGCAUACGCAAGGAGUUCAUACCGAACAAGGACUUUGAUCCCAAGGUGGUGGCCAAGGCGUCCAGUGCCGCCAAAGGUCUCUGCCAGUGGAUCAUUGCCAUGGACAUGUACGACGAUGUUGCCAAGGUGGUGGCGCCCAAGAAGGCCAAACUGGCUGCGGCGGAGAAGGAAUACGCCGACACCAUGGCAUUUCUGGCGGAGAAGCGAGCGAUGGCCGCGGCGCUGGAGGAGAAGGUGGCACUGCUCAACAUCGAGCUGGACAAGGCCAACGAGGAGAUGAAGCGCACGGAGCAGCAUGCCGAGAAUUGCCGGAAUAAGUUGCUGCGAGCGGAGGCUUUAAUUGGUGGCUUGGGUGGCGAGAAAUCCAGAUGGAACAAGGCGGCCGAGGAUCUACAAGAUCUGUAUGAUCAUCUGCCCGGCGAUGUGCUCAUCUCGUGUGGCAUCAUUGCCUAUCUGUCGGCAGUGAAUCUUCAGUAUCGUGCCAGCUGUGUCCUCGAGUGGUUCAAAAAGUGCAACGAAUUGCAGAUACCCUGCUCCAAAAAGUAUUCCAUUACGGCCGUCUUGGGCUUAGAUGUCACCAUACAGAAUUGGCAGCUGGAUGGACUGCCCAAUGAUGAGUUCUCCAGCGAGAAUGCCAUCAUCUCGGCCAACUCGAGUCGUUAUAGCUUGUUUAUUGAUCCUCAGGGUCAGGCCAAUAACUGGUUAAAGAACAUGGAGCGAAAGAAUCGUCUAAAUUGUGUCAAGUUUAAUCAGAGCAACUAUAUGAAGAUCAUUGCGGAUGCCUUGGAAUAUGGCUCCCCGGUGAUCAUUGAGAAUGUGCAGGAGGAGCUGGAGGUGCCGCUCGAUCCGAUCCUUUUGAAACAGACGUUUCUUCAGGGUGGCAUCAAGCACAUCAGCCUGGGCGAGAAUGUGGUUCCAGUUUCGCCGAAUUUCCGCCUCUACAUGACCUGCAAUCUGCGUAAUCCUCACUUUCUGCCGGAGACUUUCAACAAGGUGACUGUGAUUAAUUUUGCCCUCACCCAGAAUGCCUUGAUGGAUCAGCUGCUGAGCAUUGUGGUGGCCAAGGAGCGACCUGAUCUGCAGGAGUUACGCAUCAUGUUGACCUCGGAGGCGGCAGCCAAUAAAGGCGCACUUCUUGAUGCCGAGAACAUGAUCCUCAAGACGCUGACCUCCAGUGAGGGUGACAUUCUGGAGAACGAGGCGGCCAUCCUGAUCUUGGCCGACUCGAAGACUCUCUCCAAGGACAUUACGGAGAAGCAGGAGGCGGCCAAGGAGACAUCCGCCAAGAUUGAAGCGUUCCGUUUGAAUUACAAGCCAGUUGCUGUGCAUUCCUCCAUAUUGUAUUAUUCCAUCACGGAUCUGCCCAACAUUGAUCCCAUGUAUCAGUUCUCCCUCAAUUGGUACAUCAAUCUCUACAUGUACUCCAUUGAGACGGCCAACAAGUCCAAGGAUCUGCCUAGACGCAUCAAAUUUCUGGUUGAUGGCUUCACUAGGAAUCUUUAUAAUAAUGUUUGUCGUUCCAUCUUUGAGAAGGAUAAGCUUCUGUUCUCUUUUAUUCUGACGGCCCGCAUCCUUUUGGGCACUGGUCAAGUUGAGAUGCGUCAUUUGUCGCAUUUGCUGACGAAUGCCAAGGAAUCGAGUAAUGUACCUCCCAAUCCCGAUCCCAGCUGGAUAACGGAUAUCGUCUGGUUGAACAUACUGCGUUUGGAGGAGCUCAAGGAGCUCAAAGGCAUUAUCAGCUCCUUCCGGAGUGAUCUGCCUGCCUGGCAAGCCAUCUACGACCAUGCCUCGCCGGAGUUGCAGCCCUUGCCGGCUCCCUGGCAGGACAAGACCACAGCCUUUGAGAAGAUCAUUGUGCUGAAAGCUCUGCGUCCGGACUCCGUGUUUCUGGGAGUGCGUAACUUUAUAGCUAAUACCAUUGGGGAUCAGUAUGUGACACCGCCGGAAUUCGAUAUAUCCAAAUCGUAUGCCGACUCUACGGCCUUAACUCCGCUUCUGUUUAUUCUCUCGCCUGGAGCUGAUCCUCUAGGCUCGCUGCUGGUAUUUGCCGAAAAGAUGGGACAGGAGGAAUCCUUCCAGAGCAUCUCUCUGGGUCAGGGCCAAGGUCCAAUUGCAACUGCUUUGAUUAAGAAUGCCCAGGAGAUGGGCUAUUGGGUUUGUCUGCAGAACUGUCAUCUGGCCGCCUCCUGGAUGCCCACACUGGAGUAUCUGUGGGAGAACAUGGACACAUUCAACACACAGGCCAAUUUCCGUAUUUGGCUUACGGCGUAUCCGACGCCACAGUUUCCGGUGACGAUACUGCAGAACGGAGUCAAAAUGACCAAUGAACCGCCGACGGGCUUGCGAGAGAAUCUCAUGAGAUCCUACAAUUCGGAGCCUAUCAAUGAGCCGGAGUUUUAUUUGGGCUGCGCCAAGCAGGAUCGUGCCUUUACCCGAUUAUUAUUUGGCAUCUGUUUCUUCCACGCCGUGGUUCAGGAAAGACGCAAAUACGGACCUUUGGGUUGGAAUAUUCCAUACGGAUUCAACGAGUCCGAUCUGCAAAUAUCCGUGCUGCAACUAAGUAUGCUCUUAAAUCAAUAUGAACAUGUGCCCUAUGAUGCCAUCUCGUAUCUGACCAGUGAGUGCAAUUACGGCGGGCGUGUUACGGAUAAUUGGGACAGACGUGCCAUUGUCACAAUACUCGCGGACUUUUGUAAUGCCCAAGUGGUGUCCGAUCUUCGCUAUCGUUUCGCCAACGAUGAUCGUUAUAUAUUGCCACGCAAGACGGAGCAUCGGGAGAUUCUGCGCUAUCUGGACGAGAGCAUGCCUUCGUUGGCACCACCAGAAGUAUACGGAUUACAUGCCAACUCCGGCAUUACGCGGGAUUUGCAGACCACCAAAACUUUGCUGGAUUCUAUGAUUCUGCUGCUGGGCAGCGAAGCAGCGGGAACAGCUGGAGGUGGCGUCAGUCCAGAGCAAAUGGUAUUGGACACCAUUAAACAGAUUGAGAUGGAAAUGCCGCCUGACAUGGAUAUUGAGGGAGCAGCAGAGAAAUAUCCAGUGGACUACAAUGAAUCAAUGAACACGGUCGUCGUCCAGGAAAUGGAACGUUUCCUAAAACUACAAAAGGAAAUUCGAUCCUCUUGUCGGGAUCUGGCCAUGGCCAUAAAGGGUAUCCUUGUAAUGACGCCGGAUCUGGAGAAUGUAAUGAUUGCCAUGAAGUACAAUCGUAUUCCGCAAAAGUGGAUGGGCAAAUCGUAUCCCUGCCUCAAGCCACUGGGCUCCUAUGUCCAGGAUCUGUACAAACGUCUCAAUUGGUUGCACGAGUGGCAUCGUGUCGGAAAGCCGCCGACCUUCUGGCUCUCAGGAUUCUUCUUCACACAAGCUUUCCUCACCGGCGCCAUGCAGAAUUUUGCCCGGAAAUAUAAGAUACCCAUUGAUACGCUCACUUUUGAUUAUGAUGUGCUCAAGGUAGAAACAAAGACGGUGCCACCGGAUGAUGGUGUCUAUUGUAAUGGUCUGUUUCUGGAGGGAGCACGCUGGCACUGGGAACAGAAUAUGCUUGUCGAGCAAUUACCCAAAAUCCUUAUGUAUACAAUGCCUGUCAUCUAUUUCCGUCCGGUAACACUGACUCAACUUACGGAAGGCACACGUUAUCGCUGUCCUCUUUACAAGACCGCCGAGCGCAGAGGUACACUGUCCACAACUGGACACUCGACCAAUUAUGUGGUUCCCUUACUGCUCAAUACACAGGCUAAAGCAUCACAUUGGGUUAAACGAAGUGUUGCCCUCAUUUGCCAGACCAACGACUAAUGAAUGGAAUUAACCUAACUGGUAUACAUAACAGGAGAGAGACACGACUUAUAUAUACAUAUGCAUCUGAAUUCGUUUCUUAAUGCGUGUCUGUUUGUUAGACAUUCUUCAAAAUUUGAAUAUAAGCACGCACAUUUGUAGACUCACAGCUUCUGAGACGCUUUGCUAUGAAAAAGACAUGAAGCUAACAAGUGUUGAGCUCGCAAUACAUAAAAACUUUUAAAUGCAACAAUAUUAAAAUUAUAUAGAGCUUUUUGGCCUAAUUUGAAA